AUGGCGCCGAAGUGGCCACAGGUAAACAAUGGCCCGGAACAUAUCAACGAGCACGCCACGUACCUUCGAGAAGCAUGCCAUCAAUUGCAGGCCGUCGACAAAGGCAGACAGAACCAAAUACCAUGGAAUAUUGUGCAGAAGUACCUCGAAUCCACUAUUGCGCUCGCGGGCAAGGUGCUCCAGCAGCCUGCCUUGAGCGAGAUCCUCCACCACGCCCAAGAUGCUGCGAAAUGUACACAGAUCAUCCAGAAAGAUGUCUCGAUCAUCAAAAACUCCGUUGGUUUCGGCACCGCUCCACUUAACACAACCAACUUCAGUGGAGGCAGAGCAGCCACAACCUGGGCACAGGUGGCCGUCAAAGGCCCCAUGCCACCUCCGCCGGUCCCCAGCAGCACGCAUACCAUCAAGACCCAACCCAUUGUCACGGCAUACAAAGACCGAGCGAUAACAGUCAGACUCAAAGACCAUGGAAUCGCCCAACGCUUCCGGGCGCUCUCCGCGGUCAAGAUAAGACAGCAAGUAGAGACAUCCAUCCGAAACCACACGGCCACCAAGUCGGUGGCGGUGGUGGCCGCCCACCAGCUUAAGAGCGGCGACAUACAGGUCUUUACCUCCUCUACAGCAGGGGCAGCGAAGCUCAAAGAGAACAGACAAUGGGUCAGCAGUCUUGGAGAACACGCAGAAGUCAUCGUGCCAACCUAUGGAGUGAUCGCCCACGGCAUCUCAACAAGCACCAUCAACGUCAAGGACCAGAAAGCAACCAUCCAGCAAAUACUUGCAGACAACUAUACAGUCAUCCCCAAGGCAGACAUUUCAUUUGUGGGAUGGCUCACCCGGGAAUCUCCCAACAAACGCGCAUCCUCAAUCGUGGUGGAAUUCACAGACCCAGAAAUGGCCAACGCCAUCAUCUAUGCAGGGAUGGUGUGGGACGGACAGAUACACACAUGUCAACUAUAUGACCGCGCCUGCAGAGUCAAGCAAUGCUUCCGUUGCUAUAAUUACGGUCACAUCAGCACUCAAUGCGACGCAGCCCAAGCAUGCGGCUAUUGCGCCGAGCUACACGAGACCAAGACCUGCCCACAGAAGGGAGCGGCAAGCUUCACUCCCCGAUGCACGGUUUGCAAGGGCGCCCACACAGCAUGGAGCAAUUCCUGCCCAGCAAGAAAGAAAGAGAUGGGAAGAAUCGAGCAAGCCAAGCAGGUCCGGAACACCUACUGGCCAAUGGUCCCCAAAGCCAAACCCCUGGACAAAUCCCCGGAGAACAACAACCCACGGAAAAGAGCUCGUCAAGCACGCGAGCCCACCCCCGACAAAAUUAUCACAAUAGAGAGCCCCCGCGAAGAAUAUCCGGACCACGAGGCCAUCACGCAAGAACCUGCACAGGCGCCAGGGAGAAGUUCUCUCCAAGAACUACAGACGCCCCAGGACACCACGCCCGUGCAGGCGCUUAACCAUAUGGCUUAUUGGGCCCUGUGGCUGCGAAGUCACUGGAUUCUUCCAUGGGUGCACAGGUCUUCAAUUGUAUAA